AUGGCUGCACCAACCACGCCUCGAUCUCAAGCCGCGUCUCAGUCUGGCCCAUCUCGCAUCGUAACUGCUGUGCAAACCGGGCUAGCAUACGACAUUGGAGCGCUGAGUCCCACCUCGCAGGAUAAUGCCGAGGAAGGGCUCUGCAACAACAGAAUGACCACGAUUCGCUGCUACGAGCGCGACGAGGAGUACCACUUCGAAUUGCAAGAACGCGUUCGUGUCACAGUGUCCCAAGGCCAGGCUCCAACUUGUUCGACCUGCGAGGAUCAGGAUGGUCGUGCUUGCCGACACAUCUGGUGGGUUGACGAUCAGAUUCUCAAGACCGCGGUUCCCCGUGAGACCAGGUCUCAAUACAAGUACCGGAUAUCCAAGGAUGGCAAGGCUGUACGUCCGGAUGUGUCUGAGAAACACAUGCUGUUCUACGACUAUCUGGAAGGAAAGGAUCUUGACGACCUUGCUGAGGAAGGUGGGUGGUGGAAGCAGGACCCUUUUGAUCAACAAGAUGUGAAAUUGGUCGAACAGACCGCCUCGCAGAUCUUGUCAGCUUUCGAGCCAUGUGGAGCUCUUUCCACACAAUACGGUCAGGAGAAUCUGGAAAUGUUGCAGCGAGAGUCACAAGCGCUCUUCGCACGCUACAGGGACGAGAUGAUCAGACAGGUCAAAUCGCAGCCAUUCUUGCUCAUUGCUCUAGGAGCAGCCGUGCCCGUGGCAGAGCGGGACCUUCUCCAUCUCACAAAGAUCCACAGCAGAAUUGAGCGCAUCUUCUUCGACUACGGAUACUGGUUGUCGUAUCGCAAGCCGAACGAGAGCAAUCUCGAUGCUACCGCAGAAGCCCUUUGCGGUGAAAUUGGCCACCUGCGCUCUUUUGUGCUGGAUCCCCAUCACACGGGCAUGGCUAUUUCUCUCAGAGGUAGGAUUGCCGGGAUUCUUCUUUAUACUCUCGAGCAAAUGGUCGAACACGCGAUCGAUAUCCAGACUUGUGCUGCUGUGCCCAUCCCGCAGUACUCUGGUCUGAGCCUCCAGGACAGAAGCUUGCUUCACAAGUUGAUCAAUCCCGAGAGCGUCUUCGCGAUCGAUGUUCUCAGAGACCUUGGACCAGAUGUCUUGCACAGCGAGAUAGUUCAAAACAGGGUCGAAGGUCUUGCGGACAAGCUCAGAGACGAAAAUACUCCGGAAAAGUAUGUCGGAUGGUUGGAAAAGAUCGUUGGUCUCGAGGAGUGA